AUGAAUUUCGAAACAGAAAUCGGAGAGUUACACGAGGAGAUCAAGGAUUUCUACGCGUACAUCUCUCCUCGGCCGGAGGAGGAGAAGAUGAGGCUGGAGGUGGUGGACCGAAUCAAGGGGGUCAUCUACGGCCUGUGGCCCAGUGCCGAGUGCUGUUUGCGUCACGUUAUCGGCGCCACUUCAGGCCUUAUUGCUCCCCCUGACUUUGAUCCCGCUCACAGAGCAGCGAGCUUCAAAGUCCAAGUGUUUGGCAGCUUCAGCACCGGUCUCUAUCUGCCAACAAGUGACAUCGACCUGGUAGUUUUUGGGAAGUGGGAGACCCUUCCGCUCUGGACGUUAGAAGAGGCUCUGCGGAAGAGAAAUGUUGCGGAUGAGAAUUCUAUCAAAGUUUUGGACAAAGCAACGGUUCCCAUCAUCAAACUCACAGACUCCUUCACCGAAGUCAAAGUGGACAUCAGCUUCAACGUGAAGAGUGGCGUCAAGGCCGCUCGGCUCAUCAAGGAAUUCAAAGAGGUACGGGCCGCGGCGCUUAAGGCUCUGUGGACCGCAGCGUCGGGUUUUUGUGGUUGUGACGGUGUCUGUACCUCGUCGGGUUUCAAAUGCAGCAGCCACUCCACCCGUCUUCUUCCUAGCAAAUACCCCGUGCUGCCUUACCUGGUCCUGGUGCUGAAACAGUUCCUGCUGCAGAGGGACCUCAACGAGGUCUUCACUGGUGGCAUCGGCUCAUACAGUCUCUUCCUUAUGGCUGUCAGCUUCCUGCAGCUUCACUACCGCGACGACGUGUGCAGCCCCAACAUCAACAUCGGCGUUCUGCUGAUCGAGUUCUUUGAGCUGUACGGCCGCCAUUUCAACUACCUGAAAACCGGCAUCAGGAUAAAGGACGGCGGCUGCUACGUCGCCAAAGAUGAGGUUCAGAAGAACAUGAUGGAUGGAUAUCGGCCCUCCAUGCUCUACAUCGAGGACCCUCUGCAGCCAGACAACGACGUGGGCAGGAGCUCCUACGGCGCCAUGCAGGUGAAGCAGGCCUUUGACUACGCCUACGUGGUGCUCAGCCACGCGGUGUCGCCCAUCGCCAAGUACUAUCCCAACAACGAGACCGAGAGCAUACUGGGCCGGAUAAUCAGAGUGACGCAAGAAGUGGACGAGUACAGGGAGUGGAUCCGAAAGAACUGGGGGAGCCCGUCUCAGAACGACCCGUCUCUGAACCGAAACGACGUCAAGCUGUUUGAAUCCAAGCAGCUGGACGAGUGCAACAACAACGUUCCGGCCCACGAGGACGUCGCGGUUCUCCCGUCGGCUCCGCGCAGCAAAGCCUCCUCAAACACGUCUUCCCCUUCCCUCCGCUCCUCCCCGUCCUCCUCCCCGCUGUCGCCGUCUUCCACGUCCUCCGCCUCCACCUCCAGCGACGCGGUCAGUGCCUCCCGCCGCACGCGCUCAGACACACACCACGACGGCGCACAAAAGCAAAUACGAGCAUUGCAGAUAUGUUUUGAUUUUCAUGUGGGUUGCGUUGGCGUCCUGCAGGACUCGGAUGGAACCCCGUGCAAAACGGCAAAGCAGCAACCCGGCCGGAGCUCCAGUGCCCACAGAGACAAGUCCACCGUGGCAAAUCAUCUGCGCACGCAGAGCCACGCCACCAACACUCCAUCUGUUAACAACAAAGGAGGAAAGGCCAGGAUGUCUCGCUCCCAUCAUAAAGGCGGCCACCACGGGCAGCAGAACUCCUCCUCCAGCUCCAAAAGUCAUCCCAGCAACAAGCCGCACCAACAGGGCAACAGCAAGAAGAGGAAAAACAUGCGGGACUCUACACAAGAGGAUCUCUACAGAUAGGGGUGACUGUGUUUGACCUCACCCCUACAUGCCACCCCCCCCACCCCAACCCUUGUCCUCGUCUGCAACUGACUGACUGCCCCGUCCCAUCUCUGCUUCCGGACUCCAGCUUCAGGAGGUUGUUUGUAUGAAAAUAUCUAAAGAAACUGUCGCCCUUUUUCAGGGUUACAAACAACAUUUUAUAGCAGAAAAAGGAAGAAAAAAAAAGUAUUAUUGGAAGUGGGUUUAUUUUCUUGGAACUGGGCUGAAAUCACUGAUUUAAAUGCUCAUUUGCUUCCCAACGGCUUCUUUUAUGGAGCAAUAUUCCUUCCCCACAGCCAGCCUCUGGCGCCUCCUGCUGUACGGGAAUAUACAGUUCAGGCGUCCGCAACCCACAGAGGAGCGAUACCUGGAAGCGCUGGCUGGAAAAAAGGAUCGAGAACUUUGAUUCUCUCAUAAAAGAAAAGGAAGAAAACAAAAAGAAAAAGAGAGCAAAUGGCUUAAAUGUACAAAAAAAAAAUUGCUAUGUUGAACAACAAAGGUGUACACAGAAAUUUUUUUAAGACGGUCACUUACAAAUGCAAUCAGUAAGAGUGGGACAUAACUUAUGCAUGAGAUCUUUCUGUUGGUUGAUUUUUCUGUAGGGUAAAUCUGUUUUGUUAUGUGUAAACAAGUUAUACAAAAAUUUGUACAAAAACAGGUAUAAGCCAAAAAAAGGAAAAAAAAGAAAAAAAAGUUUAAAAACACGAGCAAGAAAAAAAAAAUUGUUUCAUAUGACCUUUUUACAAGACCUACUGAUUGAAGUCAUGCAGACACGCACAUCUCUGUGCCCACUGCUGUUUGGCCUCCGCCAAGAGCUGGUCUGGGUCCCAUUGCCAACAGAAAUCAUCAGCAUCCACUUUUCCUCCUGGUUCCACACUGUGAGUGUGCUAAGGUGUUCACGUUUAGCCUCGAGUGAGCCGGCGCCCGCCUCACAGCCCCGUAGACCACAGAAAGAAGCUCAGUCUGUCAGCUAGCUCAGUAGCACAGCCACACCGAUGUAGAGGCUUUAAGAAUUACCAGUCUAAGUAAAUUUAUCGGUGAUAAUGGUUUUAUUGAAAAAAAAAAAAAAUCCUACACUUGAAAUGUGUCAACAAUGUGACUGUGGGCGAUAAUCUGUUUAUUUGGUAAUUUACCAGCUACAGAAUCAUUUGUAUUUGUUAAAUGUAUUUAUUUUUUUAUUAAUUAUAUGAAUAUAGUAUGGAUACAUGUAUUAUUAACAGUAGAGCCCAUAUCUUGGAGUCCUAUUUUAGAGAUAGGAUACGUUUGGGGAGGGGUGGGGGAUAGGAACAAGUAUGUUCAGGUACAGUGAAACACCAUCUUUUAUCAUUUCGACUGGUUUGUCUUUACCUGACCGUUGAGUGACCAAGUUGCUUUGCAAAAUUUAGGAGACCAUUUUACACGUCAUAUGGUAAGAAUUUUGUUUUAUUAUGUGGCUGGUCUACUUACUGUAAAAGAGUUUUGUUUAAUUUUUUUCAUCCUCUUUUGUCCGUUUUCUUUGUUUUUCCCAAUUUGUAAACCGUUAGCAACCAAGGCCCAUGUAAACAUCCAUUCAACUGCCUUCUGUCCCUGCAGUACAUCACCUAACCUGCAGAUGGAGCUGUUGCUCUACGUCUUAAUCCACUCAGAGUUUGGGCUUGUAUACUGCAUUUGGACGAUUUCUUUUUUCUUUUGUGAUUGACUGUUAAUAUGCUCAUAUUUCAAGCGAAUGGGCAGCUGCACAUACAGACAGGCGCUAAACUGAGUGCUAAAUUGGAGGGAGUAACACCAAAGCACAGUUCAGUCCUCUUAUUCUCUCCCUUCCAAGAGUCACCUAAGAAGAACUAGUAGCCAGCAAUAACCGCCACCUUGUUCUGUCCACUAUACACACCAUUAAGACUACUGAAACCACCUCUGAGCGGGAUCAGUAUGGCAUAGAUUAAGACAACGAAGCACACGCAAGUCCUCUCGACACUGUUGAAUUCGGCUUUUGAAACGACGGUUCCACCCCUCCAUCCUCCACGUGCCACAUUAGCGAGUAAAAUGCAGUAUAUAAGCGCAGGUCUCGUGAUCGACAGAAAACGAGGAGGGUGAAUCCACUCAGCUCUGCCAUCUGAGUGUCCACUCACCAACUCCUCUCACUGCUGGAAGGCUUUGAAACCCAACUGUACUCAUUUGAAACAUUGUUCCUCUGCAGCUAUCACAACUCAUGCAAUAAAAAAAAACCCAACAACAUUACCAUUACGCCGCG